AUGAGUGCAUUUGUGAUAAUUAAACAAAAUUAUGCAAAUAUAGGUCAAAGUGGUGUCAAUCAAUUGGGUGGAGUGUAUGUAAAUGGUAGACCAUUACCUGACUAUAUCCGUCAAAAGAUCAUAGAUCUGGCGCACAGUGGUGUCCGUCCGUGUGAUAUCUCACGAAUGCUUCAAAUAUCAAACGGUUGUGUUUCCAAAAUAUUGGGUCGAUAUUAUGAAACGGGAUCUAUAAAGCCCAGAGCUAUCGGAGGCAGUAAACCACGAGUUGCUACCACUCAAGUCGUUCAAACCAUAACACAAUACAAACGCGAGUGUCCCUCAAUAUUUGCCUGGGAAAUCAGGGAUAGGCUACUCGCUCAUGGAGUUUGCAAUAAUGAUACCAUUCCUAGUGUCUCAUCAAUAAACAGAGUAUUAAGAAAUUUGGUCUCACAUACAGUUUAUGAUACACAUUCAUCACAGACAUCACACAGAGAGCUGACUAACUGUGCGAACAACGAUAUAAACGACAGAUUCCGGAUGAUUUCAUCCAAUCACUCCUAUCAAUGGUAUCAUUCAACCACACCAUCACCAUCAUCAUCAUCACCACAAUCUCAUUCACCUCAUUCUCAACAAUUGCCAAAAAAUAACAAUUGCAAUAAUGAUCUAACAGUUAGUGCCAAUCAUACACUACCCGCACCUAAUUGUGUCGAUAAUGUGAAGAAUGUGAGCGACAAUUCACAUAAAGUUGCACAUGUUGACUUUGGUCUGAUCCGACUACCCGUUCCCGAGUUAUAUCCGAAAAACGGUUCCGGUCGGAUCUAUCUACACGUUUCCGAGAUAUACCCGAAAAAUGUUUUAAAAAACCCCGGUUUUUCGGGUAUAUCUCGGGAACGGGAUUACCGAUACGGUCGGGACAAAGAUGUGCAAAUUACUUUUGAUCAUUUUGUCGUCAGACCAUCGGUUCUCGAGAUAAAUGGGGUCUGCGAAAGGUCUGCGGAUCAGUCACCACCAUUUUAA